AUGGAUGAGGGAAAUCCGAUAUCCCCAAGGAAUAUCGCAUCAUCUGAAGUGUCUCAUGAGAGUAAUUUGAAUCUGGGGAGAACUCGAGAAGAAAAGACCCAUGGAGCUCCGGAAUCAUACCAAAGAAGAGGUUUCACAGGUUACAUGCAUCAGUUCCAGCAGCUACUUCGUCGACGCUACAGUUUCAUCAUGGCAUUUCUCGCGGUUCUGACGGGCAUCGGAAUGUACCGU